CUGAAUUCUAAGAUUCAAUUGGUAUAAUCACACUCGAAUUUUAGUACUAAUUCAAAUUUCAUUUUCAAAGAAUUCUCGCGUGAUACCGUGAAACGAGCUACGAAUGAGAAAAGAAGAAGUGAAGAAACAGUAGAAGUCGAGAAGGCGAUGCUCGACUAUUCUCUCGAGAGUCCAGCCACGGUAAAUUAGAUGAAGAAGGUUCGGCUUUGCGUGACUAAGCGUAUUGCUAGAUUUUAUGCAACAAAUAAGAACUAGACUUGGGGAAUAAAUUGCGGGAGUGAAAGCAAGAGCAACUAAAAAAGGAAGGAAAAUAGAAGAAACAAAGAAGGAGAGAAGCAAGGAAGAAAGGAAGGAUAUUCUUCCUCUUCCCGUGUCCUUCUCCAUUAAUUCUCCUUUAACAGGAAUGAGCGAUAUCCACCGACGUCUUGACAAUCAAAUUAAAAAGACAAAUCAACGUGAGGAUGUCUCAUCGAUCGAUGAUAAGAAUCAAGAAAAUCUGAAUAAAUCCGAGUAUCUCGGUAAAGAUUUCAACGAAGAAAACAGAAUAGAAGAGAAUAGGAUUGAAAGAGUAAACUACAAUCCAUUUGAUCAAGAAAAUAUCUCAAGACUAUCAUCGAUCACAACGCAAGGUGAAAUAUCUCAAAAAGAUAAAGACGAUAAAUUGUUUUGCAAGUUUGAAAAGAACUCCAAUAGCUUCAUCGUUAACACCUUUCAGAAUAAAGUUAAAGAAGAAGGAAACAUGCAAGCAACGCAAAUCGAAGAGGUAUAUGAAACUACUUUUAUUAUACUUACUCUUGUUUUUAACUCGAAUAAAUGUAAUAACAUAAGAAGGUCUAUUAUAGUCAUAUAUGUUAGAAGGGCAUCCCUUUUUUAUUUAACUAAUUUACGAUUUAUAGUAAUCUUUAUACGACUACGAUUACUUAGCUCGUUUUGGUUCUUCCUAAAGAGGAAAAAAAAAAUAUGGGCAACGAAAUGGAGAAUGUAAGUUAAAACAAAAAUAAAAAGAAAAUAUCCUUACUAGGUUGCAGUUGGCGAAAUUAGUUAUGGUAAAGAUGACGGUACAACUCGAACGAAAGAAGUAAUUAAGGAAGCUGUGCCAAUAACGUCACGUAAACUUUCCAGUGAGUCAACUAAUUUACGUUAAUUAAAAUACUAGAUGUUUCUCUAACUUAAUACUUUCUGAACAAACUGUACUAAAACACGAAUAUAUACUUUUAAAUUUAUCACAAGAGUAGCUCGUGUUAAAAUGUGUAUGUAUGCGAGUCCUGUGUCGUCAACAAAGAAAAAACGCUAAUCGAUUUUGUUACACACUUUCUAUUAUCCAAGCUCAAAAAUUUUACCGGAAAAAAGAUUAACGAUCCUCCUUAAACAUAGUUUCGUAUAUUUGUCCUAACCAAGUAUUUACUCUUAAUCAUUCAGAGAUUUUUUUUGCGAUCAAAUGUCUAUUGAAAAAAGUAGGACGAUCGAAUGUAAAUUUACUGGAUUUAAAUUAAAUUUUUCAAAUAUUUUCCAGAUAUUUACAAUUGUGAAAAAGAAAGAAAUAAAUGUUCCCUUAAUUAGUGAGUCGAAUAAAAAAGAGAAAAAAGAAAACUUGUUAAAAAAUUGUCUCCGUCGUUGACUCUCUCUUUUCUUAUGUAUGGAAAUUAAUCUAAAUCAAUGUAGACAUUUAUGAACGCACAUACACGCAUACACACAUAUACGCAUUUUUCAUAAUUCUGAAGGUAACUGACGAUGACCUCAUACGUAAUCGCAGCAAACGUGAACAAUGAUGAAGUUAUUAGAAAACCAUUGAGAAAUGAUACCAUAAAAGCAGAUACAAGGAGGCUUAAAACCGUAACACUCGAUAGAGUUGGUAGGAUUUUUAAAUCCCGAGGACAGACAUGCGAGAUGGAUAAAGCCGAAAUAAACUUGGACAAUGUAAUGAGUAUAACAGAAUCUGAGGAAAAAUACGACGAGCAAACUUCGAGGAAGGACAAAACCAAUUCUUUGGGAAGAAUGUUGAAGUUGGUGGACAAAGAUGGCGCACCAAAGAAGCUUUUUCCUCAUCCACGUGCUGGAUCCUUGAGUAGGAUUUUUCGUAAACAUUCGACUAAUGUGAACAUCGAAACCGUUGAUAAGACAGAGGAAGAAUCCCCCGGAAUUUUUUCAAGAAUGUUUAAUCAUCUAAGAGGUCGUUCGGCAAAUAGCAGAAAUAGGAGCAAUUCAAACAACUUACGCGAAACAAUGGAAAAAGAAAAGUCCUCGUUACCUCCGAAAUUACCAAUGAGUUCGAAAAUAUUGUCCCAGAAAUCUUCAAAACCACCAUUAUCGGUAUCAUCCUCAUCGUCAUCGGCGGCUGAAAAGCAGCAACCAACGAGAUCAUCCCAAAGAAAUUUUAAUCUAGCAUACAAACCUUAAAUUUCUCGUUGAUCGAUCCAUACAAAUUUAUAGCUUAUAAUCGUGAAAACGUACAAAAGAACAGAAAAAAGCAAUAACAAAAAAGACAUCAUUAUACAGUACACAGAAUGUCAACUUUAAGUGCAAUAUCUUUCUUUCUUUCUUUUUAGUUUUCUUUUAUGCAAGAAUCGGUCAAAAGAAAAUCGUUGGGCGAUAUUUUCUUGAGAAAAUAUUAAAAUAGAGUAAUAAAUUUAUUUGUAAGUUCAAAAAACGAUUGUGCAAGACAAAAUGUCCAAAGAUAAAAAAUACGCAUCAAUUAUCAGAAUCAGCAUCGUUUAUUUGAUGAACGUGCAUUUUACCAUACCACAUUUUUUUUAUUUUUCCUUUGCAUAGUCGUAUUGAUUAUGCAAAAUACGUGGAACAAUUUGUCUCUAUCUCUCUUUCACGCACGCACAUAUACACAUACACACACUACAUUUGCGCAAAUUUUUUCCAUAUAAUUUUUCCAUACCACAGCACACGUAUGUAUAUCUCAUUCAUAAUAAUAAACCUACGAACUUUUUGUAAUUACGCUGGUAUAGAGAAGUGACUGCGAAAAUGAAUCGAUAAGAAGAAAGAGUUAAUGAAAAAAAAAAACAAACAAACGAAAUACGCGCAAAGAAAAUCGAUGAUAUGAGAAUUCUUCUCUUUUCUUUUUUAUUCGCAGGUUCAUUCUCCGUUUUAAAUCGCAUCGUGCUGUUAUCGCAAUAAUCUCGUAAAAAAAUGUUUAUAUACAAAACAGUUCGGCAUCCAUAUUUAUUUUUAUUUCAUCCUUAUACGGAUACCUUGUGUUUAAAAUAUAUAUACAUACAUAUAUAUAUAUAUAUGUAUAUGUAUAUAUAAGUGUGUAGAUCCUUAACAUCAAGCUUAUUAUCAUUAAUAUUUACAACGUCAUAAUAAAUUCAAAACAUACCACGAAUCAUUAAUAUUAAUAUUAUUAUCAUCACUAUUAUUAUUAUCAUUAUUAUUAUCUAUCACCUUGUUGUCUUUCGCCUAUGUAAAUUUCAUCUUUCCUUCGUAUUUGAUUCUUCUCUUAUUCUUUUUCGACUAUUUUCUACCUGCACGGAAAAUGAAUGAAAAAAUUAUUGUAUUCAAUGUCCCUUAUCUUUCAUUUUCUCCUCUCUCUCUCUCUCUCUCUCUCUCUCUCUUUCUCUCUAUUUCUAUCUACAUAUAUAUAUAUAUAUAUAUAUAUAUAUAUAUAUAUGUGUAGUUCUUUCUCCGCGAACCACAAAUCGUGUUUUAUCACAGAAUAACAUAAAAUUAUUAAUGGUAAUGCUCGCGGCUAAAGUCGCGUAUUAUUUUUUUCAGUAGCGCUAUAAAUGUUACUGACUUCUAAGAAAAAUGUUUCUUUCCUUCUUUUAUAUAUAUAUCUUAUAUAUAUAUAAUACAUUUUCCUUUCUCGUUCGUACUUUGAUAUGGUCACCGAAAUCUGUAAAAUUUUAAACGUCGAAUUGCAUAAAUAUCCCUCGAAUAUAUUACUUAAUUACGUACGAAGAUACCUCUAAGAAUAUAUUUCGACGAUAAUACGAGCAUUGGCAAAUAAGAAAUAACGUUGGAAGCAAUUAGAAAGUACUCUAUUAUCGAGUAACGAGAAGUGUAUGAAAGCGUUUGCGAAUUUUUUGUAUCUUACAUGCUCACGACUUCAUUAUUUGAGAUUAGACUAACGAACAUAUGCCUGUAUCUAUGAAUGAGUUUCACACGAAUGAACGCAAGUACUUCUCAUUGGGGGGAAAAAAGUCUUUACCGAAAAUAAUUUUCCAAGAAUAUCGAGCGUUUCGUUUCUUCUGGUAAAAUUCAGAAAUUUUAGAAGAUUAAUUGAUGAUAAGCAUGACGUUUCUUUUAAAUCGUAAAGCUUACAAAUGAAAAUGAUAUUUAGCAAUAUUAGAAAAGUAAAAAAGAAAGCAUUGUCCUUGCAUCCAUCCUAGGAAAUAUUUGUAUACAUAUAUAUUCAUAUAUUUAUAAUUAUUUACAAUGGCCCGAUUACCCAAAGAUAGAAAAAUUAAACAUAAGGAGGAAUACUGUAGAGAGGGAGGGGCACCUUAGAUUAGAUUAUUUGCACCUAAGAACACUGCGGUAGAAACUACGAAUUAGCGAGAUUCGUUUCCUCCUUUUCUUUUCAUUUUUAUCUUUAAAAAAUAUCAACAAGUACGAUUAUUGAUUGCACAUACAUAUACAUACGCGUACACAAAAGUUAGCGCUUUUAUUAUGGAAAACAGUAUCACUCUACAUAUUUUCUCCUUUUUUUUUUUUUUUAAUCUAUUUUGUUUCGUUUCGUUUUUCGUUUUCUUUAUCAUUUUUUUUUGUUUUUGAUAGACAUGUGCAAAAUGCAUUUACCGAGUCUAAGAUUUCGUUCCUACAAUGCUUCGUUGAUUUUUCCGGUUUUUGAACAUUCUUGAUUCAUAUCGAACGUAAGAAAAUUUUUCAUUCAGCAAUUCGCUAUUAGAUAAUAAAAGUUUUCCAAAAAUACGCGAUGUCCCUUCUAUUCCAAAAUUUCCUCACUUUUGAAAACUUCUUUUUUUCUAUCUAAUCGGAAAAAUAUCGCAAAAAAAUGUUUCGAUUGGACCUCGUUGUUUAUCGUUUCGAAUGUUGCUUUCUCUCUCUCUCUCUCUCUCUCUCUCUCUCUCUCUCUCUCUCUCUCUCUCUCUCUCGCUUUUGUCGUUUUACGAAAAAUUAAGUACUCUCUCGUACCUUCUUUAAUUGCAUUAAAAAAUCGAACUUAAAUACUGAAAGCAAUAUAUUAAACGUUUCACAAGAUAUUCGUCUGAAAUAGUUCGAUAACCAUAAAGACACGUUAUCGGUUAGUGAUUUAUCCAUGAAAAAGUGAUAUGGCUUCUACGAAGAUGCGAGUUUCUUGUUCCCACUUGUUUGGCCUAACUCGAGAGUAAUGAUUCAAAAAACAGUAUCUUCACAUUUUUUCCCGCUUCGUCCACAUCUUUUAUUUCUUUCUUCAUUUAAUUAAUUCUUUAACACUUAAUUGGCACGUCUAGAACGGCUCUUGGACGGAUGGUUGUCAUUUUUGAUAACGGCUAGAUGAAAUAGCAAAUUUCGACGUCGCACUCGUCACAAAUCCACGUUCGAACGUUUUGUUAUUAAAUUCAUCAUAAAUUUGUAAUCUUAAAGAAGAAUGCUCGAAUUAUAAAAAUUCUUAUUUAAUUUUUAAACAAUUGGACAAAAUAUUUUGUCAAUAAUUUCAAAUUUCUAAAUGUUCAUACGUGCAUUUAAAACGAAAGCGAAUCGAUCGUGACAACCCAAUUGAAUUUGUUCACUUGGUAAUUCAUUAUGAUAUGCAAAUCUGUAUCUAUCUAAGGGAUCAACGCGAGCACGUACGAUAAUUACUAUGCACAGAAAAUGGCAGCUACGCGUAUACGAUAUAUUACGACUUCUCUCUCUCUCUCUCUCUCUCUCUCUCUCUCUCUCUCUCUCUCUCUCUCUCUCUCUCUCUCUCUCUCUCUUCUUUUUUUU